UAAUUUAUUUUCUAAAAAACCUUUCAUGUCUUAAGAUGUUGAUUAAUAUAAACACGUUUUAAAAGCAUUCAAUCUUUGAACCUUUAACGUGUUUGACGUUUUGAAUAACUUGCGAUUAUUUGUUUUAAAAAUCAACACGAUGAGUCGUGAAUUGUAUUUUCACCUUCCUGAUGAUGCACCAUCGACAUUCUCAAGAGAUGAACAUCUUGAAAAUUUGCCACUACCUCCUUUAGAAGACACAUUGAGACGAUAUUACAGAAGCCUUUUGCCUUUUGGAACUGAAGAUGAGUUGAAGAGAUCUCGCGAGAUAAUUAAAAACUUUCAAGAACAUGUCGGACAAAAUUUACACAAAACACUUAAGAAAAAGGCAGAAAAAGAGAAAAACUGGGUACAAAAUCAAAUUAAUUAUCAGGUUGAACGCUGGUGGGAAGAUUUGGCUUAUCAUACAACUCGUCUUCCUCUGACACCUUAUCAAAGUAUGGUGCAACCGAUGAGUUUACUUUUAGUGGGUGUUAAAGAAUCUUCUGAGAAUCGAUUAAAAAUUACUGCAAGGAAUUUACAUUAUACAACAAUAUUCUGGGAACUCAUCAGAAACGAGAGACUUCGACCACCUACAAACCCUGACGGAUCAAUUGUCUUCUCAGCAAAUCUCUUUAAAAGAUUAUUCAACGCAUGUCGAAUUCCUGGAGAGAUCAAAGAUGAGAUAACUGAAUAUUUUAAGACAAGAAAUGAAGGAAAAUGUUCAAGUACUUGUGUUGUUAUUGGUCGUGGUAAAAUAUUUUACUUCGAUUUGAUUGUUGAAGGUCGAGUUUUGACCCCACAAGAACUUUUAUACAUUCUAAUGCACGUUCGAAGUAAUAUUGAAAAUCAAUCAGAGUCGCAACUUCUGCCACUACUGACCGCUGAUGAACGAACGAGUUGGGCUAAAAAUCGUAAAUAUCUUAAAGAGAUAUCAAAGAAUAACAAAAGAUUAUUGGAGAUUAUUGAAUCAUCGCUUGUGAUUUUAUCUUUUGAUGAAUAUGAACCAAAUGAUGAUUCAGAUUUUUCCCAACAAUUGCUUUUAGGGGAUUUCAGUUCAAGAUGGAAUGAUAAAUCUCUUGCAUUAGUUUCAUUCAAGAAUGGAAGAAGUGGAUUUGUUGGGGAACAUUCAGCUUACGAUGGAACUGUUGGCAUUGCACUUUCAACAUAUUUAUCAAUGUGUUUAAUGGAAGAUGAUGAACCGAAUUGGGAAGAGCUUCCUGAAAAUCGAAUAAUUCCACAAGAAAUAAAAUUCAAGAUUGAUGAUCACUUAGAACGAGAGAUCGUCAGAUUACAGAAUGAUGUUAACCAAAUUAAAAAUUCUGUGACUGUGCAAUAUCAAGAAUUCAUUGGCUAUGGAAAAAAAUUUAUGAAGCAACAGAAAAUUCAUCCUGAUUCAUUUGUUCAAAUGGGAUUACAGUUGGCUUACUACAAAUUACAUAAAUCUCUUGCUCCGACUUAUGAGACCGCAACAAUGAGAAUUUUUUAUCAUGGAAGAACUGAAACUGUUCGUAGUUGUUCAUCGGAAGUUAAAGAUUGGAUUGAUACAAUGAAUGAUUCAAAUGCGACUGCUCACGAUAAAGCAAAGACUUUCAAACACGCAGCCGAUUCACAAACUUUUCUUAUGAAUGAAGCGAGGAAAGGCAAUGGAAUUGAUCGUCACUUGUUUGGACUUUGGUGUGUUGCACAUGAAAAUGGAAUUCCAAUUCCUGAAAUAUUUGAAGAUCCGCUUUAUAAGAAGAGCGGGGGUGGUGGAAAUUUCGUUCUUUCAACGUCAACUUUGGGUUACUCGAUUAAUGUUGGUUUUGUCGCACCGAUGGUUAUCGACGGUUACGGAGCUUUUUAUACAAUGCUUGAUGAUAGUGUUUGGAUGAUUUUGACAGCUUAUCGUGAUAGUCAAGUCACGUCAAGUAAAAAGAUGUACCAAUCUUUCGUUGAUGCGAUGAACGAGAUUCGAGAAAUUUUAGAGUCAUCAGAUGGUGGAAAGUUAUAA